AUUAAAAACAAAGGAAAAGGAAAGAUAGUAUAUGAAGAAGACAAAAUAGAAGGAAAAGUACAAGCAAAAAAUACUACUAUAGAAGCAGAAAAGGAAGAAAAGGAUACAAGAUAUCAAAGAAAUGAAGAGAAUAGAAGGAGAAGUAUUCUAAAGGAAAAGAGAAAGCGAUACUAUGAUGAGGAGAGUAAAGGCCUAGAAGGCUCAAAGAAAAGAGAUUUGAACCAAGAUGGACCUAAAGCAA